AUGGAUCAAGGUGUAAUCCGAGCAUUGAAGGCAUAUUACCGGUCAAAUCUUGUGAAACGUCAAAUAAAGUUCAUUGACGGCGGUAAAGAGGUCCCUAAAAUUAACAUUCUUGAAGGGAUGCAAAUCUUGGUCAAAUCAUGGGACGCUGUUUCAAAAGACACUGUUAAAAACUGCUUUAAGAAGGCAGGCAUCUCAAAAGAAGCACAGAUCACGAGUCUCAUUGAUGCUGAUGACCCAUUUAAAUCUCUUUCUGACAGCAUAAGCGAGUUGAAAAAAAGAGAAGUUGACGGCGACAUCUUUAACGCAGAUGAUUUUGUGGAUAUUGAUUUUGAGGUAUGCACGAGUAAAUCAAUUGAAUUGACUGAUGAGGAAAUCGUGGAAAUCGUACUUAAUGAGGACAAAGAUCAAAACGCGCCGAAUCUCGAAGAUGACGAUGAUGAUGAAAUUGAGGCACAUGACAUCCCCCGAAGAAUCCAAAGCAGUCAGAGUUGGAAGAGGCCUUAG